AUGCGCACGCUACUUUGGCUUGUCUCUUUUGGCUUCGCUGCCGCUGAGAACGGGAUCGACGGCUGGUUGCGGUAUGCUGCGCUGCCAACCGAAGUCCGCGGUGACAAUGCCGCACCAAAUUCUAUCGUCGCCCUGAACAACACCAAGACCAGUCCCGUGUACGUGGCUGGACAGGAAUUGCAAAAGGGCAUACUUGGAAUUCUAGGUCAGAGCGUCAAUAUAUCCUCGGGAGCAGUUGGGAACAAGUCGACGAUCACCGUCGGAACCGUUGAGUCAUUCGCCUCGACCGGCAAUAACAUCCCUGAGCUCGAAAACGAUGGGUUCUGGCUCGACACCAAAGACGGCAGCGUCCAGAUAGUCGGACAAAACGAACGAGGCGCCCUGUACGGUGCAUUUGAGUACCUGUCGAUGCUCGCGCAGGGAAAUUUCUCGGAAGUGGCAUAUGCCAGUAAUCCGAGCGCGCCCAUCCGCUGGGUCAACGAAUGGGACGACUUGAAUGGCCAUAUCGAACGAGGCUAUGGAGGCCCAUCCAUAUUCUUCACGCCCUCCUGGGCCAUUGCCGAUGAUCUUAGCCGCGUGUCUCAGUAUGCUCGACUGCUUGCAUCGAUCCGCGUGAACGGGAUCAUUGUCAACAACGUCAACGCCAAUGCGACCCUUUUGAACGCAGCAAAUCUCGCGGGCCUCAGCCGUAUCGCGGACGCAAUGAGACCAUACGGCGUCCGAAUUGGCAUCUCGCUCAACUUCGACUCCCCAAAGACACUUGGCGGCUUAAAUACUUCAGACCCGCUGAAUCCUACGGUGAUACAAUGGUGGGAUGAAAAAGUAGGUCAACUACACGAGCAGGUGCCGGACUUGGCCGGGUUCCUCGUAAAGGCCAAUUCGGAGGACCAACCUGGCCCGCUGACGUACAACCGCACACUUGCGGACGGUGCAAACCUCUUCGCCAAGGCUUUGAAGCCUCACGGCGAUGGCGUCGUAAUGUUCAGGGCCUUCGUGUACGACCAUCAUAUCAACGAGUCGAACUGGAAGAACGAUCGGGCCAAUGCUGCAUUGGACUUCUUCAAGGACCUGGACGGCCAGUUCGAUGAUAACGUUGUCAUUCAGAUCAAGUACGGCCCAAUCGACUUCCAGGUCCGCGAGCCGCCGUCGCCAUUGCUCGCAAAUCUGCCUAACACCGCCAUGGCCAUUGAGCUUCAAGUCACCCAAGAAUAUCUGGGCGAGCAGGACCACCUUGUGUACCUCCCUCCGCUCUGGAAGACUAUCCUCGAUUACGACCUCAGAGUUGAUGGCGAGCCAUCGGUCAUUCGCGACAUUCUUUCUGGGCAGCGCUUCGACAAGUCUCUGAGCGGUUAUGCGGCUGUCGUCAAUGUCGGGACGAAUACGACAUGGCUGGGAAGUCAUUUGGCAAUGUCAAAUCUGUAUGCCUAUGGUCGCUUGGCAUGGAAUCCUCGAGAUGACGAGGUGGCUGUGCUGGAGGACUGGACGCGGCUCACUUUUGGACUUGAUGACACCGUCAUUGACACCAUCACCAAGAUGUCCCUAGAGUCAUGGCCAGCCUAUGAGAACUACACAGGCAAUCUAGGGAUCCAGACGCUGACGGACAUCACUGGCCCGCACUACGGUCCAAACCCAGCCUCGCAGGAUGACAACGGCUGGGGCCAGUGGACACGCGCGGACGCGGACUCGAUCGGCAUGGACCGAACAGUCAAGAACGGCACCGGCUUCUCCGGCCAGUACCCGCCGGAAAUCGCAGCGAUGUACGAAGAGAUUGAGACUACCCCCGAUGACUUACUGCUGUGGUUCCACCACGUCCCAUACACCCAGAAGUUGAAAUCGGGAAAGACCGUCAUCCAGCACUUCUACGACGCGCACUACGCGGGCGCCGAGACGGCCCAGACGUUCCCGAAGCAGUGGGCGGCGCUGGAGGGCCUGAUCGACGACGAGCGCUUCAGCGACGUCGCCUUCAAGCUCGAGUACCAGGCCGGCCACUCCAUCGUCUGGCGCGACGCCAUCAGCGAGUUCUACCUCAACAAGUCCGGCAUCGCCGACGAGGCGGGGCGCGUCGGCAGCCACCCGUGGCGCAUCGAGGCGGAGGACAUGCAGCUCGACGGGUACAAGCCCAUCUCCAUCGUCCCGUUCGAGGCCGCGUCGGGCUACACGGCCGUCAUGACGACGAGCAACACCACGGCCGGCACGGCGUCCGCCACGGUCGACUACCCCUCCGGCGCGUAUGACAUCGCGGUCAACUACUACGACGGCGUCGGCGGCCGGUCGACGUACGAGAUCUUCCUGAACGACGAGUCGCUGGGCCGGUGGGCGGGCGACCUGGAGUGGAAGCUGGGCCACCAGCAGUGGCCGGCGUUUGCGCCCGACGGCCACUCGGCGGCGCGUGUCACGUUCCGGGACGUUCAGGUCGAGAAGGGCGACGUGCUCAGGAUCGUUGGCCAGCCGGAUGGCACGGAACCUGCGCCGCUCGACUAUGUGGCGUUGUUGUCAGCGGGCGUCAUUGAUUAG